GCAAACGCGCAUGCGCAUGUCCCAUUGGUUAUCGUGCAAGAUGGCGAAUCCCAUCAGAUCGCUCUCUCGACCCGAUAAACGGCCUCCGGCUGGCUCAAAACCUGCUCUUCCUGAGUGGGCUAAAGGGGACUAUGUUCUUGAAAAAUGGGUCGGAGAAGAAAGGCAACGUAGGAGGAAUUGGCUGAGGGAUCAAGAGCUUCAUCCAAGCGAACCAAGGCCCGAAUGGAGGCCGCAGAAUCCUUUUCUUGAGCGACUUCGAGCACCGUUUCGACAGUUGCUAAACCCCAUCGACAAGUUGACCGGUCAUAGGUUACGUUCCGUCCUCUGGAAGGGUGGAUUCUACUUCAAGUGGUUUGUUCUUCCUGUCUGGGUCACCCAUUAUGUAGUCAAAUACCAUUUAGCAACAAAACCAGGAUAUAUUGUCACAGCAAAGCGAGCUGAAUUUCCUGAAAACCCUUUGCACUCUGAGGGAGGUGGACAUCAUUGAUAGAAUCAAAUGUCAUUCAGGGCGUCAUCAGGGUCAGAUGUUUGUGUGACAACUUUGUGCACCCAACGGGAAGCAGAUGAUGUUGAUGAAAUCAGCUCUUUGUACAUAAUGAAAUUAUUUCAUAGUAUGGGCGUGUCAUUGCUCUCUGAAGACCGAUACACCUGUUGUACCCAUGUUAGAAUCUUUAGAAAUGUGAUCAGAUAUAAAUCCCACACUUUGAACUGUAUUCAAGGAAGCUUAUUUUCAGGCAGGAAUUUUUGGGGAGAAGGUUGAUGUUAAACAGAGAAUUGUACAUGUCCAACAGUACCCUCCCUCAGACUAAAUUUUUAUACAGAAAACCUCCAAGAAAGGUAAAGUUUAAGUUAAGAAUAUGCCAUUGAUCAAGAAUUAAAUAGAUUAUGCCAACUUUGAAGGAAAAACGAUGAGAAUUUACCCCUUAAUCAUUUGCAGGGUCAGUAUAGAAUGGAGGGAGCCUGGAGACAAUCUUAUUGAUAGCCUCUGUUGGCUUCAUUGAAACUUUUCCAUUGAUAAAUGCUUACAUUAAAGAUUCAGUGAUGAGCAUGAUCGUGAGUGUACUCGUGCAGUCACACCGACGAAACCGAAUCCAAAUCAACCGGUGGCAUGUCAUCGAAGAUAACAUAUUAAAUGUUGAUCAGUGUGGAAUGGGUUUUGUCUGUGUGACUGGCGACAUCAAGAUUUUAAAAUGCCAUAUUCAAAGAGCAAUUGAAUAGUGACACAGCCGAGUGUGCAUACAGUAUGUGUGAUAUUAUAUAUGAAUUUAUUGAAA